CGAGGCCGAAACUUCAUAAAAUUUUAGUCAAGAGGUAAGACGUGUACUCUGCUUUACACACGCUGCUAGCGAACAACAAGUGGAAUUUUUUACUUUUACACACGGAAAGGUGAUGGAGCUAUAUGUGAAGGCAGGGAGAGAUGGAAACACUCUUGGAGAUUGUCCGUUUUGUCACCGUAUACAAAUGGUACUACAACUCAAAGGAUUAGACUAUCAACUGGUACCAAUUAAUAUGCAAAUUAAACCAAGAGAGUUCCUUGAUAUGAACCCAUCAGGAAAGGUUCCCGUUUUGUAUCAUAACGGUGUAUUGAUGGAUGACUCAGCAGUCAUUGCCGACUACCUUGAGAGGACAUUCCCAGAACCAUCAUUGGCAGCAAGUACGAAAGUAGCUGAAAAUGCUGGAUCAAAUAUUUUUCAAAGAUUUACAGCAUAUUUGAAAAAUAAAGAUCCCAAAAAACAAGACCAGAUGAGAGAUUUAUUGAGAGAUGAACUACAGAAACUAAACUCUGUUCUUGCCAACUCAUCUGGAGACUACUUAGAUGGUGAUAUACUGAAGCUUCCUGAUUGUAAUAUUUUACCUAAAUUGUAUCACGUGAAAAUUGCAGCCCGUCAUUAUAAGAAAUUUGAGAUGCCUGAUGAGUUCCCAUCAUUAAAAAAGUAUUUUGACCUCGGAUUUGAGAAUGAAGCAUUUUUGAAAACCAAGUGUGAAGAUGAAGAAAUCAUAUUCGGAUGGAGCAAGCACAUUAGAUGA